AUGGCUGCCACGUGCAUGCGGAUGCUACACCACUUGGCCAUCCCCCUUCUACUAGCCGCUCCGACUUUCGCCCAUGACAUAUUGCAGUCACCAAACCUCUACGACUGGGGUUUCUACGGCUUGUACCCAAAGACAUCGUUCCAGUCCUACAACCUCGCUGCACCUCGCCUCAACUUCCUCAAGUGGGAUGAGCAGUGCGCUGAUGGCUUCUACCUUGUCUCCCCUCGCGGGAGCAUUGUUGACUCGCCAGCCCCAGUGAUCCUCGACGGGAGGGGUAACUUAGUAUGGACCACAGAUGAUAGCUUUGGGAAGGGCCGCGGCAUCACCGAUUUCAAGGUCCAGAUGUAUCAUGGCAAACCACAUUUGACCUUCUGGGGCGGAGUGGACGGUUUGCAUCACCGCUAUGGAGCAGGAUGCUAUUUCAUUCUGGAUGAGACGUACCAAGUGGUCAAGACAGUGAACGCUGUCGAAACUAGGGGCCACAGUUUACGAGGCGAUCUUCAUGAAUUCCGCAUCACCGAGGAUAACACCGGCCUCAUGUCCAUCUACUAUCCGCAAGCCCUUGAUCUUUCCCCAAUCGGCGGCCCUGUCGACGGCUGGGUGCUCGACAGCAUCUUCCAGGAAAUCGAUCUUGACACUGGUGACUUGAUCUUCGAAUGGCGUGCCUCUGACCAUAUUCCGGUCGAAAUGACGAUGCGUUCCUAUGUCGGCGGUGAUCUAGGUAUAUAUCCUAACAACGGAUUUGACUACGUUCACCUCAACAGUGUUGAUAAGGACCACCUUGGGAACUACAUCAUCUCCGCCAGACACACUCACACGGUCAUGUGCAUCAGUCCUCAGGGAGAGACUCUGUGGAUCCUGGGAGGCAAGGCGAACAUGUUUCAGGAUCUGUCCGAUGGUCGUGCGACCGACUUCACCUGGCAGCACCACGCAAGAUGGCACGGAACCAACAAAAUGAGCCUCUUCGAUAACGCAAAAUCGACGAACGGCGGCAACAAAUACAUCGGCGAUCACAGCCGCGGGAUGAUGUUGGAGCUCGACACGGAAACCAUGACAGUCAAGCUGCUGCACGACUACUACGACCCGGCGCACCCGAAGCUCGCCGAGAGCCAGGGCUCAAUGCAGGUCCUGAAGGAUACGGGCAAGGUCCUCGUGGACUACGGCUUCUUCCCCGCCCUAACUGAAUUCUCCCCCGAGGGCGAAGUCCUCUGCGACGUCCGCCUCGCCCCCUGGCUCAUCUGGCAGACGGGCAUGGUGACGAGCUACCGCGGCUUCAAGACGACGCGCUGGGUCGGCCGGCCCUGGUACGCGCCGACCGUGCUCCUCCGGCCCUCGGACGGCGUCCUCUACGUCAGCUGGAACGGCGCCACCGAGGUCGACACCUGGGUCCUGCAGGGCGCCGACUGGGACGGCGUCAGCCGCGACGUGUACGUCGACCUCGACGUCCAGAGGAAGGACGGCUUCGAGGCCGGGUUCGAGAUCGUCGGCGAGUACCCGCAGUACGUCCGCAUCGCGGCCCUGGAUCGCGAUGGUGCUGUUCUGAAGCACUCUACUGUGCUGGACCGCUUUGUCGGGAACGCGCCGGCGUCUUCGGGGUGGUUGCAUCAGAUUUUGGUGUUUGUUGGGGUGAUGCUCGGUGUCACCCUCGUUGUAGCGGGGAUCUUCCGAAAAAGGCUGCGUAGUGCUUGGAUACGUCGGUUUCCUCAUGAGACUGUGGUUUCUGUUGUGUGUGGUGUUGUGAAAGCCGUGAGGAGGCGGAGCGCGGAGUGGCGGGAUGGUGGUAGGGACAAAAUGAGGUAUAAGGAAUUGCAAUCAUAUGAGGAAUAG